CGCAUGAUCUCUGUGGACUGCCCGGGAAGCUAGCCAUUCUAACGCGAAUUAACGACAGUAAUCACCACCCAAGGUAUGACCAGUGCAUGAUUUAGCCACCGAAGUCCAUACCCAGAACUCCGUAAAAUAUCGCCGAAGAAGACGGCCCGGGCAGGACAAUGAAAGCGCGGUUUCAGCGCGGAGGUUGCCUAGCAGGGGACUAUAUCGCCGCGGCCAUGUGAUGAGCGUCGGAGAGUGACGUAGUCUUGGCCCCAUGUGGCUGCCGCUAGCUCGCGCUGGAGGAUACCACGCGGAUUCAUAAGCUGCAGUUUGAAAUUUAACGUAUUAUCUGGGAAUGUCGAGGAGGAAACAAGCAAAGCCGAGGUCUCUAAAGAGGGAUGACGGUGAAGAGGACCUGGUAGAGGAAAGCGUGAUAUUGGUAGAUGCAGAUGGUCAGGAGAGCGCAUCAAAACUGAUUGGCACUGAUGAAACAUCAGAUUCUUGUGGUGAGCCUAGUAACACUUGCGUUGCCAUUGACAACACCCUUGACGACAACAUGUCUGAUGUUGCCAUGACGACUGUAGAUGAUGACGAUGACGAUGAGGAGGAAGAAAAAGGGGAAGCAGAAUAUCGCUGCGAGUCCUGUGACUCGAUCUUCCACAGUUUGAACGAGUUCAUGGACCAUCGUAACUUUGCUUGUGUACCUGAUAGCUGUGAUGAAAGCCCCCUUGGCCUUGAUGAUGGGACACUCUCCCGUUCCUCAACGCCCCUGUCAUCAGAUACUGGGAAGAGCCCAAUGGCAUUCCAUCCCUCACCAUUCUCACCGGGGUCAGAAAUUGCGGACAGUGAGAUCCCGUUUUCUGUCGGAACUGAUGAAAGUCACCCGUAUGCCUGCCAGUUCUGUGAGAAAGCAUUUGCUAGGCUGAGCCAUCUUAAGAAGCAUGAGCAAGUUCAUGCUGAUCUCCUGCCGUUCAAAUGUAACUAUUGUAACCGAUUAUUCCGUCACAAACGGAGUCGCGACCGCCAUGUGAAGCUGCAUACAGGCGAUAAGAAGCACAAAUGUCUGAAAUGUGAUGCUGCAUUUGCCAGAAGUGAUCACUUGAAGAUCCACAUGAAGUCACAUGACAACGGCAAGCCGUUCCGAUGCACGAUCUGCAGUCGUGGGUACACUAACUCGGCCGCGCUGACAUCACACAUGCUCUUCCACAAGAAGUACAACAGUACGAUCACGUCCAAGGAGUUCAAGUGUCCUCACUGCCCCGAUAUGUACGCUUCUGGGAAGGAUCUGCAGGAGCACCUCCAAACUCACAAUAACAAUGAUGCCUCCCCGUCGAAGGAGAAAGCAGUCCAGUGUCUGCAGUGUAGCGAGGUGUGCCUUGGACAAGACGCCCUGGACUUACAUGUUGAGCAGACGCAUCCUAAGAGGUUCAAAUGUCACGUCUGCCCAGACGCAUUCCAAUCAAAUGAAGACUUGGACCAGCACUUGGUGGGCCACAAGCUGACCUCGAAUACGCCACAGAUGAACCCCCUAUCAUUGGUGGUGACUCCUAAAAGUACAUCGCCUGCUGCUAGCUCUCCGACGACAUCAAAAGACAUAAAUACGUUCGCAUACUCGGAACUCAUUUGUGAGUUUUGCCUGAAGAGCGGUUUUUCCAACAAGGACGUCUUGGAUAUGCAUAUUCAGAUGGUGCAUGCUGGGAAAUCUAAAGCCCCGUACUUGUGUCCAUUCUGCAACGCUGCUUACCCGACUUUUUACAACUUGGCGGAACAUGUUAAAAUUCUACAUGAGCCGCUAUUCAUGAGUGCUAGUCCUCCUUAUCAAUGUGAUUUCUGUUCAAAAGAAUACAAAAAUCUUGAAGAUUUGAAAGCGCAUAAGGAAAAGGUCCAUAAGUAUGGUGGAAUAAAGUCACCGGGAUUGACGUACUUAUGCCCGCAAUGCAAUAUGGGAUUCCCAGAUCACGCGACCUUGGCCGAUCACAUGCACCUGUGUCACCAACCACUUCCGCUGAAUAUGACAAAUCAUUACUUGAAAUCACCACCUCGGGCAGAAACGUUUAAUGGCGAUCAUCACAACAAAAAAAGACGAAGUUCUGAACAUUCUCACCACUCGCCACGUCCAAGUCAUGUUCCAAUGGAAGCAACAGAGGGAGAGGACAUUGUCUUCUGUGACAAGUGUGACAUGCGAUUUGUCAAUUUAGCACUGUUUAAAGAACACUUAAAAACACAUCUGAAUGGAAUCCAAAACGGCAGUUUGUCCCCAGGUGCUGCAAACAUUACAAGUGACACAGACGUCUGUAAAGAAUGUGGCGCCACCUUUGAUAAUGAGGACCAACUAGAGACCCACGUCUUUAUGCACUACCUGUCCAUUACGACAGAGUAUGGCUGCACCAGUUGUUUGAAACUGUUCACCAAGCCCGACGAGCUUCAGAAACAUUUGAUGGACAUCCACGCCCAUCAUCUCUACCGAUGCUCCUUAUGCAAAGAAAUCUUCGACUCCAAAGUGAAUGUCCAGGUUCACUUUGCGAUAAAGCACAGCAAUGAGUGCAAGCUCUACAAGUGUACAGUUUGCAGCUCGAUAUUCCGCUCCGAGAUGGAAUGGCAGUUGCAUGUGAAAGUGAACCAUCUGUGCAUCACCAAGCCCUACCGAUGUCUCUUCUGCAAGGACAGCUUCACAACUGAGAUCGAACUGCAAUGCCACCUUACGGAGCACAAAAAACAAUUCCCGUGUCCAUUUUGCGAUGAUGCCUUCCAUGUUGAGUACCUGUUAGACAAGCACAUGCAGAGUAAACACUGCUCUGAGACGACUCAAAGUGGUAGCAGCACGCCAGAGAAAACGCAGAAGGAUUUUGACUUCUCGAACUUCACAAAAGUUGAAAAAUCUCCAAGUCGGCAGUUGUCAUCUGAGUUGUACAGAUGUAACGCUUGUGAUACCAAGUUCGCCGACGACACGAUCCUGAUGCAGCAUCUUGUUCAGGUUCACCAGAUCACGAACAUCAGUCCAUCGACCACAACAGCCUUGACCGAAAGUGGUCAAGUUUUAAAAACGGAGCCAGCGACGAGCCAAGAUAAGUUUAGUAAUCACUGUGUCUACUGUAGCCAGUCGUUUAAGACCAAGAGCGAAUUGGAGCGGCAUAUGAAAAUUCAUGCGAUGCCAAGUAGCUUGAAGUGCAAUAUAUGUGAUGAAGUAUUCCCAAGCAGUAACAUUUUGGCCGAACACAAACUGAUACAUUGUAAAGUGGUCCAAGGAAAUGUAUGCACAAUUUGUAAGUUCUCAUUAAAGAACGAGACGCAGUUUUAUUUCCACGCCGAGCAGCAUGGAUUCCAGGGUGCGAAUAUGCAAUGUGUCAUCUGUCGCCAGACGUUGAUGUCAACAGUGGAACUCAACAUGCACGCAAAGUUCCAUUUCCAGAAUUCGCACAGUUUCUACACGUGUUGCGUUUGUCUCAAAAGUUUCAACACGAAGGAGAACCUUGUUGCCAAAUUGAAUUCAAGUGGUAGGGCGUACUAUGUGUGUAAACCUUGCUACCAUGGAGGUGAGGAGAUUCAGACUUGCCAACAGUGCAGCAACACAUUCGAGGGUAAAGCAGAGCUAGAAGUGCACAUGGCAGUCCAUAAAGUAGAUCCACUGCCUUCGACGAGCAUGUCAGAAAACUCAAAUAGCAAAUCGCCAGCUUUGGACUCUAAAUCGAAGACCAAGCCAGUGAAAAGUUUCUUUACUUGUUGUGUCUGUUUAAAAACUUUCGAAUCUCAAGAGAACUUGGUUCCUAAGUUGAACGCGAGUGGUCGGGCUUAUUACGUCUGUAAGCCGUGCUAUCACGGGGCAGACGCGGUCGAAGAACAUCGUUGUAGUUGGUGUAGUAUGUCAUUCAAUCAGAAGGACCAAUUGGAAGCACAUAUCAAGAUUCACAAGAAAACCUACCAGUGUAUCAAAUGUCAGCAGUCGUUCAGUACGGAGUAUGAGAUCCAGUUACAUGUGGCGACACAUAUGAUCCAAGAAGGAAACACGCACGAGUGCCGCAUUUGUGGGUGCGUUUUCGACUCACCUGCGAAACUGCAGUGCCACUUGAUCGAACAUACAUUCGAGGACUCUGACCUGACAUGUUAUGUCUGUGAUACCGCAUUCAGACACCCCACAUCAAUUCAAUCGCAUGUGUUAGAACACGGCAUCAGUGCCAGGCGUUACUCCUGCAGUCAAUGCAAUCAGAAGUUCUUCUUCAGUGCCGAACUCACCAACCAUUUAUACGGACACGGUGGAAUCAAACUAGAAAAUGGAACAGAUUUCAAGUGUCCGGAUUGCCACAAAGUCUUCGCGAACAUUCUGAACUUGAAUAAUCACCGCCAAACUCAUGAGAAGAAAGACCCAACGUUCAAAUGUACCGCGUGUCCAGAGGCAUUCCAUUCAAUGCCCGACCUCCAGCAGCAUUUCUUCAACAUGCAUUCGAGCGCCGAGAUCACGAAGCAGACAGCGAGGCCGUACAGGUGCGUGGAGUGUGAGAGAGAGUUCUCUUGCCAGAGUAACCUACAGAGUCACAUGCGGGUGCACAGCUCAGGAAAGGAGAAUCGUAAGGUGCAUGUGAAGACCCAUGGUGGAAGUGGAGUGAAGCCAUAUUGCUGCCCAGUUUGUUCCAAGUCCUUCUCCAGGAAGUCCCACGUCAAGGAUCACAUGAAAAUCCAUUAUAGUCAGUCCUCCUUAUACCGAUGCAAGAUUUGUGAUGAGGUGUUUCCACAGUCUCGGCUGCUGACCCAUCACAUGACAACUGUUCACAAAGAUCAUUCCAUGGAAGACGGCGAGAGUCAUGGGAAUCCACGCAGCCUGGCAGGAAGUUUAGACGAUUCAUUCGGCAGCAGUGGCAGUCCUUCAGGUCAUUCAUUGGACAGCGACUACGAUGAUACAAGGAUCGGACAACAAAAUGGUGACAACAUCGUCGUCGAUGACGAAAAAGAUAUGGACAUUGAAAUGAACGAUUCAAGUCUCAAUCAGGAUGUUGAUAUGAAAAAUGUGAAGUUGUCUCCACUGAAAGACAUUGUAAAAGAAGAGGAGAGGGAUUCGCCCCAAAUGUUGGACAAUUCAGGAAGUGUUUUGGCAGUUGAAACAUUGUCUUGAUGUGCAGAUGAACUAUUUCUAGAGAGACUGGCCUAUCACCGGUAAUGUCCUCCAUUGACUCUGAUAAGCCUGUUUUGUUGUAUGGAAACCAGGGGGCACCUAUUCUGAUGUCCUUAACUUUAAGGGUUCAUUGAUACAGCUCAAGGGGCUGGGCAGUGCUGAGGCUGGGGUACCCCUUAAGUGUAUCUUCGACAAUGUUUCCUGAUUUUAUCAGACCUGUCAGAAACCCUGCAAAGAGAAUAUCAUGUCUUUUGUUUGAUGUUUGAUAGAGUGUUAAUGCUGAUUGGUUCAAAGCAAUAACUGUCUAAUAUAUCAAAUUUUAGAGGAGAAUACAGCGACUUUGUUUUUGGCAACUUGGUGUUAUUGAGACAAUUUCAGUUCAAACUUUAUUGUGGCUUUGGUGGUUGCAAGUUUCCUAUAAAAUUCAUAAGGUUUCAUUGUAGUGUGGUGUAUAUUACAUAUUGUAUGAAUGAAUUGGGCAAUAUUUAGGCAGGGGUCGAAUUUCAGACAAGAACUCUUCCUGUUAUGGUCUGAUUCAUCAUGUUUCUCUUAUGAGUGGUCUACUCAGAUUCCUGUUGAUGCAAACAUUUGCUCUACUGUUGCAUUGUCAACGUGAUUGAACAAGGACUAACAUAUCAAAGUGUUGAAACCUUAAUUGUAUGCUUAUACUAAAUGUGUGAGGAGCUGGUGUGGUCUUGUGGCUUGGAGUCUUGAUGAGAGGUCAAGAGGUCCCUGGUUUGAAUACUACAGUCAAUUAUCAAUUGUAUAGUUUUGUAAGUUAAAAUAAACUCUUGUUCUAUUUGUCUAAAGUAAUGUAUUUAAAGUCAUGUGUUAUCAUAUAUUCAUGUACAGAAGAGUCAAAUGUAUGCUGUAGUGGAGUUAAAUGGGUAU